AUGGAAGAUCCUCAAAAAGAUCAGAAAAAAGAAGUAGAUAUUGAAACGUCUAAACCUGAGCAAAAGUCUAAAGUUGAACUAGAUGAUAUACUAAUACAAGAGAUUGGUCAGUUUGGGAAGUAUCAGUUGAAAAGUUUCUUAUUGGCUGUGUUAUUAGUGAUAUUCAUUGCAUUCAGUGCCGUGGAAUAUAUUUUUACUACUGCGAGAAUAAGUACAAGAUGUCUGAUACCAGAGUGCGAGAGUGAGCCAACGGAAUUCUCCCCGUACUGGUUGCCAAAUGCAGUUCCAUCAGGGUCUAGUUCAGGUUCUUUUGACAACUGCCAGCGUUUUGGCAAUACGUCAGCAGUCUUUACCGUAGCCAGCAGAUUGGUAGAAAGCAAUACCUGCCCCAGUAAUCUUUUUGACCGCAAUGUACAGCGACCAUGUGACAGUUAUGUGUAUCAAAACACACAUUCCGUCGUGUAUGAUUUGGACCUUGCUUGCGACGAAUGGCGUAGAUCCUUGAUUGGCACCAUUCGAAUCUUCGGCACAUUAACUGCUCUGCCCAUCAUCGGCUUCAUAUCUGACCGUUGGGGGCGAAAGGUUGCGCUCACCAUCAGUGCCUUCAAUACAGCUUGGAUAGGUGUCACGAGGUACUGGGCUGACACUUACAUCGGGUUUAUGCUGUCAGAGUUCUUUGAAGCCACAUUCGGGUCUGGUGGAUUCUCCUGUGUAUAUAUUUUGAGUGAGUAUCAGAAACUUUGA